AUGGAUAUUAAACCUCUUACUACCCAAUCAUUCCAGAGCAAGCCUGUAGAUCGUCUGUCCUUUAACCAAUCUGCAGGUCCUACCAAGGCACAACGACGUCCACCAGUCCAACCAUCUCCUCAGGACGAAGAAAGAUCCAAUAAGCUUCCGGAAACUUGUCCUACACCAACCAUGGUCUCUCAUGGCUGGAAAGAUGGCUCAUUAUACUAUAACAAUCCCUAUGCCAACCAGCAGCCAAUUCCAGAUUCUCAGCUGCUGAAAGCAAUGGACUCUUAUUUGAAUUUGAGUCCAAGCCAGAGAUAUCUUCCAAGCGAGCUCAAAAUGCUCAACCAGCGAGAGAAUUAA